AUGAAGGCAGUACCUCUUCUCGUGUUUUCUUGGUUUCUUUUUUUCCUUUUUUUAUCAUUAGGAAUCUCAGCACAGAGGUGUACUUACAUUGUCCAUUUGGACAAGUCUUUUAUGCCUAAAAUCUUUGCUAGUACCCACAACUGGCAUUUCUCCAUUAUUGAAACCAUCAAGAUUGAAGUUUCCACUUCAGAAAAUGAUCAGCAUACAACUCCAAAACUUCUUUAUUCUUAUGACAAUGUCAUUCAUGGAUUUAGUGCUGUGUUGUCUAAAGAUGAACUUGAAUACCUCAAGAAGUCAGCAGGUUUCCUUUCGGCUUAUAAAGAUAGGACUGUUGAAGCUCACACAACUUAUACCUCUGAGUUUCUUAAGCUCAAUCCUGCUUCUGGGCUAUGGCCGGCUUCUGAUUUUGGUCAAGAUGUAAUCAUUGGUGUACUUGACUCUGGUGUCUGGCCAGAAUCUGCCAGUUUCAGAGAUGAUGGAUUACCUGAAAUUCCCAAAAAGUGGAAGGGAAUUUGCAAGCCAGGAACCGAGUUCAAUUCUUCAUUAUGCAACAGGAAACUCAUUGGAGCAAAUUAUUUCAAUAAGGGGCUUUUGUCUAGUGAUCCUACUAUGAAUAUUUCCAUGAAUUCUGCCAGGGACACUGAUGGUCAUGGCACUCACGUUGCUUCCAUUGCUGCUGGUAGUUUUGCUAAAGAAGUAUCAUAUUUCGGAUAUGCUCCUGGAACAGCAAGAGGUAUCGCGCCACGAGCUAGAAUAGCUGUGUAUAAGUUCAGCUUUGAAGAAGGAACCUUUACUUCUGAUUUAAUUGCUGCCAUGGACCAAGCUGUCGCAGAUGGUGUUGACAUAAUAACAAUUUCUUAUGGUUGGGAUAAUAUUCCAUUGUAUCAAGAUUCUAUUGCAAUAGCUUCUUUUGGUGCCAUGAUGAAGGGGGUCUUAGUCUCUGCUUCAGCUGGAAAUUAUGGUCCUGAAAUGGGAACCUUAACCAAUGGAGUCCCCUGGAUCUUUACUGUGGCAUCUGGCAGCACUGACCGAUCAUUUUCCGGGACUGUAACUCUUGGUAAUGGCUUAAAGAUUACUGGAUUUAGCUUGUUUCCAGUGAGUACCACCAUCAAGGAUUUUGCUUUGGUUCACAAUGAAAGCUUAUCUCUUUGUGAUUCAUCUGACCUAUUAGCCCAAGUCCCUAAUGCUGUGCAUAACAUCAUGAUUUGUUCUAUCACUUCACAAGAUAUAUUACCAAUCUCUGAUCAAAUGGCAGCUAUCUCAGAGUCAAAAUUUGGAGGUGCAAUUUAUGGUUAUGGAGAUCCGGUUGUAUUGACAUCCAAUUCUUUUCCGAACCCUGGAGUUGUAAUUAGUGAAAAGGAAUGGGAAAAAGUGAUAGACUAUGCCGACAUAAGUGUUAAACCAAAAGUCAGUAUCAGUUUCCAGGAAACACAUAUUGAUGUAAAGCCUGCUCCAGUUGUUUCUGCAUUUUCCUCGAGAGGCCCCUCUCUAAGCUAUCUGCGAGUUGCAAAGCCAGAUAUUAUGGCACCAGGAGAGUUAAUUCUAGCAGCCUGGCCAUCAAACGUUCCAGCUGCAUCUGUUGGUGUCAAUACAGAUUUGGAUAGUGAUUACCGUCUUGUAUCAGGCACUUCCAUGGCUACUCCUCAUAUUGCAGGAAUUGCGGCAAUGCUAAAAGGAGCACAUCCUGAUUGGAGUCCUGCAGCUAUUCGAUCUUCCAUGAUGACCACUGCCAACCCUUUGGAUAACACUAAAAAACCUAUCAAAACCGCGGAAGGUAACAGGGAUGCUACAUCAUUGGCAAUGGGAGCCGGACUCAUUGAUCCAAACCGAGCAGUUGAUCCAGGCCUGAUAUAUGAUGUCACUCCACAAGACUACGUGAACCUUCUCUGCUCCAUGAAUCUCACAGAAAAGCAAUUCAAAACAAUUGCUAGAUCAUCAGCUAAUCACAACUGCUCAAAUCCAUCCGAUGAUAUCAAUUACCCAUCAUUUAUUGCUCUCUUUAGCCCAAGUGGGAACUACACUUGGUUGGAGCAGAAAUUCAGGAGGACAGUCACGAAUGUUGGAGCCGGUGCAGCUAAGUAUAAAGCAAAAGUGAGAGCACCAGAAAACUCGACAAUUUCUAUCUCUCCGCAGACCUUGGUGUUUGAGAAGAAAAAUCAGAAGCAGGACUAUACUCUGACCAUACUUUACAAAGGCAAUGCAGAAGACCAAGCACAAUCUGGUUCAAUCACUUGGGUGAAGAGAAGGUCAUCCACCGUAAGAAGUCCAUAG